AUGCCUAAGGUCAAGUACGUCCUCCUCGACUGCGACAACACCCUCGUCCUGUCUGAGCGUCUCGCCUUCGAAGCCUGUGCCGAUCUCACCAACGAACUUCUCAAGCAAUAUGGCAUUCCUGAUCGUUACACCGUCGACUCCCUCCUUGAAGACUUCGUUGGUCAGAACUUCCGUGGCAUGUUGGUCGGACUGCAGAAGAAACACAACUUCCAGAUGCCAGCUGAGCAGCUAGACGAAUACGUUGGUCGUGAACUGCAGGCCGUCAUCGCCAAGCUGUCCGCAAAGGCUGAGCCUUGCCCUGGUGUCCCCGAACAGUUGGAACGCCUGGCCAAGGAAGGCUACCCCAUGUCUGUCGUCAGCACCUCUGCCAAACCACGUGUCGUUGCCUCGCUGAAGAAGGCCGGCAUCGACAAGUACUUCCCCGACGAACAUGUCUACAGUGCUGCCACCUCGCUCAACCCGCCUUCCAGCAAGCCCGAUCCCAAGAUCUACCUCUACGCAUGCGAGCAGCUGGGUGUCAAACCGGAGGAAUGUGUCACCGUCGAGGACAGCAAGAGUGGUGCAACUGCUGCCAUGCGUGCGGGCAUUCCACUGAUCGGUUACGUCGGCGUCUAUGGUAUUGAAGAGGGAAAGGAGAAGAUGGAACAGAUGGCCAAGCUUCUCACCGAGCAAUGCAACGCCGCCGCCAUCAUGUAUGACUGGAAGGAGUUCCCGGACAUCUUGAAGAAGCUCGAGUCCAAAUAG